AUGGAGCAAAUUCAACAACAGCUCCAGCCACGCCUGGACGCCAUCAGCCGCUUCGUCCAAGACCGCAUCCCAGCAGACCGCAAUGGCCGUAUCCUCCUCGGCGCAGGCGUCGGCGCCAUCUCCACCGCUGUGCUCUUCCCACUGACAUACCACUACUACCUAGGCCGGCAAAUCACCCACACCCACCCCUCCUCGGGAUCCCGCUAUGCCUCAGCGGAAUGUGGAGAAAUCUCAUCGUUCCCGCAGGACCUGAUCGACAACUACAAGCAGUACCGGGUAGUCCAUGAUAAAGUCACUAAGGGUAUGCCGGCCUUUAUGAUCACGCUCUCCCCCAAACAUGAACGACUCUUCACAGAGGUGGUUCGACACAACAUGCUACAAUUCUCUGGAAGUCCGCAGGCAUUACUGAUGUGGCUCGCCGCUGGACCGGUGCAGCGGAAGACGUUUACAAAGGACUACAUCAACAGUUUGCCGUUCCAGGAGGGCGAUGUGGUGUGUGGUGUCUUUCAGGUGGUGAAGCGGACGCCGUUGAGGAUUGAGAUGGCGUUGAACUUACCGAAGGGGUCGCAGCCUCUUUCUGGAUUGACGGUUAUCAGCAUUCGACCGAGAGGCGAAGGGUCUGUGCUGGUUAGUGAGACGGUGCAGUGGGUGGACAGCGACACGGGCGUUGUGUUGCCGCUUGAGAGGUGGAUCCCGCGCUUCUUGCAUUCGAUCGUUAGCAGGUACCUCGUCCUUAGUGGUGCAACUCAUUUGCAGGAGAUCUUUCAGGAUGUGUAG